AUGCUCUCCACAUUCUACACGUGGUCAAGAGAACACAUCCAGCGUGUCUUUGAGGCGAAGUCUUCAGAGGACUGCCGACAAGCACUCGACGACACUUUCUCCCAAAGGAUAGACCUUACAUUAAAUGGGACAACGCUGCCGCGGACCCACCUACAAAAAGCGAUUAUGGCCAUGGUGGAAGAUUCUGGGUUCCGGCUAGCCGUAGAAUGGCACAAUGCAGUAGAGGUGCCGCGGGAUGACUGCAACCGAGCCGGAAUGCUCGGGGGAUACUACGUCAUCCGAAAUAUUCGAAAACGCCUGCCUGGUGAAUCAACUAUACUAGUUGAACGGCACAAAUCUGUGAAUGUUAUUAUCGAGUCAGAAUCAUCGGAUCCCAGUAUCGAUAGUCGACGAAUAGUAAAACUGGCUAUUGUAGCCACGGACAUGCCAAUGACGCCGCCAACCGCACAUAGACAACAGCAAUAG